AUGAUCAUCCGGAAACAUGGACUCCUCUUCCACUGCUAUGCUGAUGACACCCAGCUCUACAUCAGCACUAAGUCAUCUACUCCCCUUCCACCAGUGCAGCUUAUUAACUGCCUGAAGGACAUCAAGAACUGGAUGGACAGUAACCUGCUCAAACUCAAUAAAGACAAAACAGAACUCAUGGUGUUUGCCCCACACACGAAGGCACGGACCCUUUCUUGUUACUGGGCUCGGCUGGACAAGCUGUCGGUGCUCCGCCUCAGCGUCGGGUACCUGAAAGUGAAGAGCUACUUCCACGCCACCAUGAAGAAAGGCCAGAACGGCUCCAGCUGGAGCAGCGAGCGGAGCCUGAUGUUUGGGGGAAACAUCCAGAACACGCUGACUCCGUCCUCCACAACCCCCACCUCCUCAGCCGCCGCCGCCGCCGCCGCCUCCUCCCAGGUGACCUCCAUCGACGGAGUCAGCUUCUCUGAGGGAGACCUGCUGCUUCAGGCGCUGAACGGCUUUGUGUUGGUGGUGACGGCUGAAGGCUACAUCUUCUACACGUCCCCCACCAUCCAGGACUUCCUUGGCUUCCACCAGUCGGACGUUGUCCAUCAGAGUGUGUUUGAGUUGAUCCACACAGACGACCGAGCUCUGUUCAGACGGCAGCUUCACUUCGCUCUCAACCCAAAUACCAUCCACCAAGAUGGCAGCGCAGAGAGUCCCAGUGAACAGAGCUCUGCAGAGAUCAGCAGCAACGUGGUGACCUACGACCCCCAGGCCAUCCCUCCAGAGAACUCCUCCUUCCUGGAGAGAAACUUCUGCUGCCGUUUCCGCUGCCUGCUCGACAACUCCUCUGGCUUCCUGGCUCUGAACUUCCACGGCCGCCUGAAGUUCGUCCACGGUCAGAACCGGCUGUCUGAAGACGGGACGUUGGUUCCGCCGCAGCCCGCUCUGUUCUCCAUCGCCACGCCGAUGCAGCCGCCAUCCAUCCUGGAGAUCCGCACCAAGACGCUCAUCUUCCAGACCAAACACAAACUGGACUUCACUCCCAUGGGCAUCGACACCAGGGGGAAGGUGGUUCUGGGUUACAACGAAAUCGAGCUCUGCAUGAAAGGUUCGGGCUACAACUUCAUCCACGCUGCAGACAUGAUGUACUGCGCCGACAACCACAUCAGAAUGAUAAAAACAGGAGAAAGUGGUUUCACCGUCUUCAGGCUGCUGACCAAAACCGGAACGUGGGUCUGGGUCCAGGCCAACGCCAGGCUGGUCUUUAAAGGAGGGAGACCGGACUUCAUCAUUGCGCGGCAGAGAGCUCUGACAAAUGAAGAAGGGGAAGAACAACUGCGCCUCCGUCGGCUGCAGUUGCCUUUCAACUUUGCCACCGGAGAGGCGUUGCUGUACGAUGUAGCUCCGACCAUCGACGUUGCCGACCCGUGCUCCGCCCCCAAGCAGAGAAAGAUGGACAGCUGCUCCGUCAGCCCCAACUCCAUACUGGGCAUCAUGAUGAACCAGGACCAGUCCGUCUACUGCGAACACAACAACAACCUCAGCACCCUCAACGACGUCGCCUUCAAGGACAGCCACGCUACAGUCAGCGUUCCUGGAGAUGUCUGGCUGGACCCCACACCCAAACCCGUUGUGGGAGGCCUGGUAAAGUCCGAGGCCACAGUUCAGGACAUGAUGGACACCCUGCAGCAGAUCCUCGGGGACGACAACCUCGCCGACGCCCUGGACGUGGAGCCCGACGAGCUCAAGAGCUGGGAGAGUACCCUGCUGAAGAUGAGCACCAACAGCUGCGAGAUGAGCGAAGACCUGAACGACAUUCUCAACAAUGACAUCCUGACUUACGUAGAGGAUCAGCUCCGGAGGGAGGGCGGGCUCAAGUUGCCGGAUCAGCUGGAUGACAUACCACCCUGUCUCUCUACGUUGGACCUCCACAACCAGAAUCCUGACCAGUGUGAGGAGCAGAACUUCGGCUGGCCUCUGGAGCCCCAUAACCAGUUGAUACCAAACAUAGGGCAGAUGAUAGCCGGACACCCGGCUCCGGGCCCGGGGAUCAUGAAACUAACCCACAUGGAUCUUCCCCAGUUAAGUCCUUCUGGUUUAAACGGUCCAGCCCUUCACCAGACGUCCGUUGGUCUUCAACUGAGCACCACAGGCAACAUUGGUGCUCCAGCUACCUUCAACCCCGCCUUGGUGGACUCCUGCGCUCAAACACAGAACCAGCUGAGAACCUUACAAGUCUCUGCCAAGGACAACAAUCUCGGAGCAUUCUCCUGCAGGCAAACUUCAACCAAUCAGAUUCACUCUAACCAAAUGGCUCAACCGAUGCAGAACCACCUGCAGAUGAACACGCCCAACCUACCGGUCUGCCUCCAGGACCAAAGAGCAAAUCCCGUAUUCAACCAUCAGGGCAACCAGUGGAACUCCUCGGGCCCCAACUCAAGCCAAGUUAAGAACUUUAUGGAAACAUACACCCAAAAUAUUUCAAACGAGCCAGGGUUCACCGCAGAUCCUUCCUCGCCCGGCUGCCUGCAGGGCCACUUCACACUUCAAACACAAAACAGCGAGAAUCAGAGGCAGUCCUGGCCGCUGGAGCAGCAGCAACAGCCGAUGGGCGCCUGCCUCACACAAAUGCCAGGGUUUCAAAGGAAUCCUGUUCCGGCCCAGAACAUCAGGCCAGUGGUCAGGACUCCAGAGACUUUAAAUGUACAAUUCCCUGUUCAGCAGAACAUGGAGCUGCCUCCGACCAGUUGCAUGUUCAGAAAUACCCCCCCUUCGGUCGCUGUAAAUGGAGUGCACCCCGCCUGCAAGAGACCGAACCCCGUCAGCAACCAGAUUCCCACGAAGACCUCCUGUUUCUAUCAGGGUCUUCCCAGAGCUGGAUCUGUGCCGGGGAUGACGGCGAUCUUGAAUCCCGGUGAAGCAGCGCUGUCCUGCCAAAUGGCCGCUGGUCUCGACCCAGACGGUAUGAUGGUGCAACAGCAGCAGUACCUAAACUUCAGUGAACAGACGCAGAUCAACAGCCGUCCAGUCCUCGGGAACGGUAGUUUCCACUUCUCCUCGCUGACCAAUGGGAACGCUUACUACUCAGAGAACAAAUAGAAAUCUGCUGCUUUGACUUCUGGACGGCAGAGGAUCCCAACUCGGACAGACAGGAGGAGACUGAAACAGAAAUGUGCUCGAGAAGAACGAGGAAACAAAACUAAUUUUCUCAUUCGGAUGAAAGCUUUGAGUGUUUUGUACUGGAUGGCUUGCUCUUUGUUCGAGGAAGGGAAGGAGUUUGGUUUGAAUCCCUCUUUGGAGCUGGUUGGAUUGUACCAAAACAACAAAAGGAUAACAGAUGACCAAAAUCAAGUUUGAGAAAACACAAACAAGCCAACGUACUGCCCUCCUCUAUAGCAUCACACAAGUAGCGUGAGCAGAAGGUCUCCAGUAUGUCCGAAUUAUUUGUCAUCUGUUUAUAGGUGGGAAUGUUUAGAUGUAUGGGACUCAAAGCGAUCUCAUCCACUACGUGAGAGGCGGUCCCCGAUGCUCCCUGUGGUAAGGUUCAGUUUAGCGGCUGUGUGCUGCUGUUUAUCGGAGGUUUGGUAGUUAACCGACUCCCUUAGUCCUCAUCCUUUAAAUCUUUUCUCUAGUAAAAACAACUCAUUCUGUAUGAAAACACUUCCAACAAAGUAACUCAGAUAUUUUUCAACCUGGACCUUAUUAUCCUUCGGUUUUGUGUCUGUGUGAUGAAGUGGGACAUCAUUUUUGGAAAUUGGUCCAGUGUCAAGCGAGAUAAGUAAGAUACAGCAUAGUAUCGCAAUAUUUUGCAAGGCAAUAUCGUAUCGUAACACGGACGUCAACUAUCGAUCUUUUAUUAUAUAAAUUGUUCAUGAGAAGUUUGUUUUUUGGCACUAAUAAAAUAGCUUUUUCAGUCCACUAGAAAAAGAAUUUUCCCUUUGUGGACACAAUUUGAAGUUGGGAAAAAGAUCAAAUAUUGCAAUAAAUUGCAAUAUGUUUAAAAUGGCAAUAAUAGCGUAUUGCGACAUAAGUAUCGUGAUAAUAUUGAAACGUGGGGCCUCUGGUGAUUCCCACCCCUAUUAAAAAGUGGCUGCAACGUAAUCCUUACAGGCCCACGUCAAAGUACAGGUUCAGUCAGAGUAGGAUCCUUUUUGUCGCUAUAUUGCUCUCGUCAAAGCCACCAGACUCCAUUGAUAAAAACUGUAAUUUUAGCUCACUGAACACAGGAGUGGCUGGUCUGCCGCUGCUUCGUUCGUUACUUUGUUUGUUCGUUUAUGUUUUUUAUCAGUGGAGUCUGGUGGCUUUGAUGAGAGCGGCAUAACAGCUGUUUUACUCUUUAAAAAAAGGUCCGUCUCUGGAGGGACACUUACCAAAAUGUUAUGAGAACCUUGCAAUAACAAUGUCAGCCUGUCAGUGGCAAAAACAAGCAAUUCCCCGCAAGGAUUACUUUACAGCCCUGUUUCACUGCCGCCGACUGCAGUGCGCUCGCUUAAUACUGGGCCAGUUUAAAAACAUGUGUCCCAAUUAGUCACAUAGACACAAAAACAUGAGAAAAUAGGGUCCAGGUUGAAAAAUACUGAAGUUACUUCUUCUUCUUCUUCAGCCACUGCAAUUACACUUGCAGGACCGCUUUCUCGUUAGAGAAAGAGAGAGAGAGAGUGAAAUAGAUUUCAGGGAGAAGAGGGGUUGUGGAUUUUUAACAGCACAGAACAGAAAAGACUUCACAGUGUUUUUUAGAUAACGUCGCAUGUGAACGAUCAUAUUUUUAACAUCCAGCUUACGCACAUUACAGUGUUAUACGUUAGCUGGCUGCUUGUUUUUUUACCCCUCUGCUUGCAACCAGGAUUUGUGUAUAGGACAAGAUUUUAAACAGGUUGUUUUAGAAGAGAAAACACUUGAAGGGAUGAGGACGGAGUGGGUGGUUUGGUAAACGCACGCCUGGUUAACCUCCUCACCUCUAAUAAAAGCCGCUUCAGCUUUCAGCGGGAAGCGUCCACAGCUGUGUCGCACACGGCGGACGAGACCGUCCCGGACCUGAACGAAAGGUAAAAGGAAGAACACUUGAGACAACAUCCUGUUAAUCCUCCGCCGCCUUUGACGCACAAACACGCCACCCUCUUCCCUUAAAGUCUGGGAUUUUAAAUCUUCUAUUUUAAGCGCUGAGAAGGAUAAAAUAUAUCUACUUUUGUUUUUUCUUUUUGCUGUUCUUGUCUUUUGACAAAUGCAAGUUCAUUUCAACUCUUUACUGUCCCAGAGAGGGAGAUUUGCUUUGCAGACAGGGUAUAUAUAUAUAUAUAUAUAUAAAAAAAAACGCACAGCGUCACAGCAUCAUCCUAACAGAUGAUUCAAACACAAGAUCAUUCAGUGGAAACAGCUGCUUUGUUAGUGCUUUUUUUAUAUAUUUUAAAAGCAUUCAGACAGAUAUUUUUUUGUCAUUGAGCCAGUUUUUUUUUCUUCUUUAAGUUUUCUUUUCUUUAAUAUUUCUAUGUUGUUGUUUUCCUGUUGUAGUGGAGAGAAAAUACAGACGGUGCCUUAAACUGACAGAGCUGUUUAAAAACUUUAAAGGGACAGUCUGUUGACAUUUUAAAAACAUUUCCACCGAGAAUAUUAGCAAAAAAAAGUUGAUGACCGAAACCAAAGUUAAACAUGCCUUAACUUCACCAAGCCAACUAUUCAGAUUAUUUGCACUAUUCCUUUAAAGUGUUGGGACUUGCCAAAGCAUAGCGAAGAGAAAAUGAAUAACAAAUCCUUCAUCUGACAGGACAGUAACAGCUUUAUUAGUGUGUUUCAUUAAAAAAUUUGCACAAAUUUAGAUGACUUUAGUACUUUUAACAGACCGGAUGCUCCAGAUUUUUUUAGAUAUCGGAUCAUAAACUCAUUAUUAUGGCUUAAAUUAGCAAUAUUUUUUCAUGACUGAGAGCAAAAGCAAAGCAGAUUACUCACUGCCUUAAGAUUUUCUUUUAAACCAGGACUGGAUGAAACUAUAUCUGAACAUUUAAGACCAGGAUGCUGAUCAGUUUCUCCGUAAGACACUGAUUGUUAGAGUGGGACCCCUUUAUUCAUAUGUUCCACAACAAAAUGUCCGUCCUCUUCCUCUUUCCUGUUUCUGUCUUUGUGGUUAAUUUAUCGACGUUCUCGCUCGGACUGGGAUCGUCCGGCAGCGAAACACAGAAGUAAAACGGUUAAAGGCAGCUAUUGUAUAUUUUAAAUGAGGGAGGAAAAAAAAUUCAAGUGCCUUUUAAUUGACCUCUUUGAGAUUGUCUGUUAAAAACAACAACAUUCAGCACUUAGAUUGAAAAUAAACACCUCAAAUUAUAAGAAAUGUGCGUCGCUUCAUCCAGUACUGAGCCAGGAAAUCUGUCCGAGGAAGUCUUACGUCACUCGUUAUCAGCACUUAUGUACUUUUUAAUAAAAAUUCUCCUAGAGUAAGUAGUUUUCAGCUUAUUUUAGAAGCUGCAAAAGACACGACUAGUGAAA